UUUAAUAAUUUAACCUUAAAAAGAACAUUGGUUGCGAACCCAUACCCUCAGAAGUCUGUAGGUCAGAAGCAAACGGCGAGAAGAAGCAUCGUGCCGGUGGCAAUGUCGUACGGCGCUAAGCUUCCCCAGGAGUUAGUCUUCGACGUACUCUGUCGACUCCCCGUAAAGUCUCUCUGCCGAUUUAAAUGUGUAUCGAAGUCAUGGCUUACUCUAAUCUCGGACCCUCAUUUCGCCAAAACACACCUGAAUCGAAACAACAACGACAACGAACGCGAGCAACUCCUCCUCAUUUCUGACCAUCUUUACUCAGUCGACUGCGCUGAAGCAUCCACUAAUAAAGAUGCUGUGGUUGCAACGAAGCUGGAUUGUUUUCCGAUUAACGCUCCUGAGGAGUUCGAAAUCUUGGGUUCUUGCAACGGUUUGCUUUUAGUUUGCGAUGUAGACUUCAACAAGUAUUUGCUGAAUCCAACAACUCGAGAGAUCAGGGACUUACCCGAUACCCCUUUUGACCACGAGUCUAUUUGUGGUCACACCAUACUCGGACUUGGGUACGAUUCGGCUGCAGAUGAUUACAAGGUUGUGGCAAUUGAGGCGAGAGAGGAUGCAGAAUAUGAUGAUUGUGAUAAACCCUGUUGUAUCUAUACAGUUGUAAGUGUGUAUUCACUGAAAUCCGAUUCUUGGAGGAAGAUUCAAGAUGUCCCCCACUAUCAUUCUUAUUUCUGCACUAGUUCGUUGGUUCUUGUAAAUGGGUGUCUACAUUGGAAGACUGUCGGGUCUCACGGUUAUUCGUUUGUGAUUGCUGCUUUUGAUGUAACAGCUGAGAAAUUCAGUGAGUUGCAGACACCUAGCUCACUUGAUAUCAGUGGUCUUAAUUUGGUGUUCUAUACUCUAGGAAUUUCCAGAGGGUGUAUCUGUUUGCUUGCACCUCAUGAUAAUGGUACCCAAACUGAUUUUUGGGUGAUGAAGGAGUAUUCUGUGACUAAGUCUUGGACCAAACUUACCAUAUGUGAACCUAGUAUCUACAUGAUGGAACCCUUAUUUUUUCUUGGCGACGAGGAAGUUCUAUCGGAAAAGAAUGGACAUAAAUUGGUUGCAUUCAAUGCUAAAGGGAAAACAUCAAGAAAUAUAGUGGUGCAUGGCAUUCCAGCUAUGUUUAAAGCAGGGAAGACCUAUGUGGAGAGCCUUGUCUCGCCCCAUCACAUCUGUGGGAUUGAUUGCGUUCGUGAAUCAUUGAUUGAAACCUUUGGAGCCACGAGAGAACGAUCAGUGGCAAAAGCAAAAAGAUACAGACUGGAUUUGAGUUCUAGCUCAAGGAGCAUUGAGGCAUCCAAUUGUAUCGCUGAUCGUUUCUUCUCAGAUUUCUUGGAUUGCCUCAAGUCCACUUGGACUCUAGAAACACCAAUUCAUGACAAGGCCUUGAAGAUGCUCAAGGAUCCAUACUGGAGGGAAAGAUUACGCGGUGUGCUUUACGAAAGUGAAAGGAUCUCUUUGCUGGUCACCGGCUCUGGUUGCAGUCCCUCACUGUCUGAGCGAAAAAUGAUUUCGUUGUCACAAGUAGCUCCUUCAGAGGGAGGCCCGAGUGACGGAAAUGAAGCUUUUGGAUGUGUACUUGGUGAGAAUGAUGCCUAUGAACUUGGGCGUUGUAACUGUGCCCAUUGUGCCAAGAUGGCAGCGGCUAUCAAAAGAGCUGAUGAUGCUGAAGAAAGGGGUCGAAAACUUGAAAAGAUGCUUUUGGUGGCAACACAAAAAUUUAAGGAGGCGGAAGAAUUUCGGAACAACAUGGAGCAGCAGAUGCAAGCAUUUUCCUCUUCUGUGGCUGCUGGACAAUCUCUCGAUCUUGUGGAAGAAUUUCGGAACAGCAUGAAUCAACAGAUUCAAGCAUUUUCCUCUUACAUGGCUAAAACAUUUCCUAAUUUCGAUGAAAAGUGAUUGUAAGAUGGUGGUUCUUUGGCUUAACAACGACUAAAUUUUUUUUUUUUUUUUUUUUCCUAGUUGGUACUCAUACACACAUGCCUUCACUGAGACUUAAACUCCUGACCUCUCUUUGAGAAGUAGGAGCUUGGUACCGCUAGGCCACUGGCCUGUUAGUGACAAUGAUUAAACUCUCGUUAGAAAGCAUCUUAUUUUUUGUGGUUCUUUGGUAUAUGCUCAGUAAUUGCUUUGGCAGUUCCUUGGCUUGACAAUGGUAGACUGUUAGAAAGCAUCCUAUUUUUUGUGUUUUUUGGAAUAUGUAUGCUCAGUAAUAGUGUUGGUGGUUUUUUGGUA